AUAUUGAACACAUUCUCAGAGAAGGUGAACGCAUACCGUCAGAAUGAACAGCAACCACCAUUUCCGAGAAACACAGCUGUUAAAUUUCUUAUGGCCAGGAAAUUUGACUAUAGACGGGCAGUGGAAUUGUAUAGAUCUCACGAGGAGAUGAGAACUAAAGAAGAACUACAAGAUAUAGACUUUAGUGAUCCAAAUUUGCAGAAAGAACUAACUACGGGAAAAUUUACAGUUUUGUCUGGGAGAGACAGUCACGGUGCGGGUAUAGCAUUAUUUACAGCAAAAUAUCACAGUCCCACGGACACAACACACCAGGUGGUCCUCAAGGCACUUGUUUAUCUGCUUGAUGCUGCUUUAGAGAGUCGAGAGACCCAGCGUCACGGGAUAGUGUUUAUAUAUGAUAUGUCAGAAUCCAAAUACAGCAACUUUGAUUACGAUCUUAGCAUUAAAAUUCUCAACAUGCUUAAGGGAGCAUAUCCAGCUAGACUGAAGAAAGUGCUUAUAGUGACUGCACCACUAUGGUUUAAAGCUCCAUUUAAGAUAUUACGUCUGUUUGUGAGAGAGAAAUUACGAGAUAGAGUUUACACAGUUAAUAAAGAUCAACUCCUCCAACAUAUACCCCGUGAUUCUCUUCCCCAAAAAUUUGGAGGAAACCUAAGUGUUAACCAUCGCCUUUGGUUACAAGUGUGUGCUCAAAUUCAUCAGUCUAAUUUUGAGGUUCUAGACUCAUAUUUUGUUUCUCGAAAACAAUCGGUAUCGCAUAGUUCUAGUGAAAAUUCAGAUUUUGUUCAUGUAAACGAUGGCGGCCUAGAAUCGGAGGAUUCUAAAGAUACUGUAUCAGAAAAACAAAGUAACGAAGAAGGUGAAAAAGAUGAUCUGAUAGAUAUUAAUGGACGUGAAAAGGAAGUGAAUGUUGAAAAAGAAGGUUGGCGGAGUAAAUCAAAGCGUAGACAUGAUUCGGGUAAUAUACAGAAUUCCAGUCGCAAUAGUGGUAAGGAAAGCCCAGAAUCUCAUCCCAUGGACAUUAAUAUGGACGGAAUGCCACCUCCAAACCCUUGCAAAAAGAGACCAACAUCGCAAGUAUCUAAUAUAUGGGAGGACUCUAUACAUAUGGCAGAAGAAGGAGGAAUGACCGUCGCUGAACUAGUCGCGCACUAUAAACAAAAAGGGAAGAAAGGUUUAUACGAGGAAUAUUCUGAAAUCAGACGAGAAGCACCUGCAGACACUUUUAUUGCAUCAAAAGCUAAGCACAAUCUCCCAAAGAACCGUUACUCUGAUGUAUUAUGUUAUGAUCAGACAAGAGUUACCUUGCCUCAGACAGAAGAUGACCCCUCCUCAGAUUAUAUCAAUGCCAACUAUGUCGAUGGGUACAUGCAGAAACGAGCCUACAUUUCCACACAAGGACCGUUUUCAAAAACAUUUGGUGAUUUUUGGCGUAUGGUUUGGAUGUCACAAUGUGUGACUAUAGUCAUGACAACCAAGACAAUGGAGAAAGGACGUGUUAAGUGCGGUCAGUACUGGCCACUAGACGAGGACACUGAGGAAAGAAUGGAUGAGUUUAUCGUUACCAACAGGGGGAUGGAACAUAACAGAGAUUACACUAUAACCAGUCUGACACUACAUAAUACACUUACUGGUCAAGCUAGACAAGUUAAGCAUUUACAGUUCACCAGUUGGCCUGAUUAUGGUAUCCCCCCAGCUGAGGGUUUCCUCGACUUUUUGUUACGGGUACGAGCCUGUCAGGCAGAUUCCAUGAGAUUACUCGAGCCGGCGUGGAACGGUCAUCCCAACGGACCACCCAUGGUGGUACAUUGUAGUGCAGGCAUUGGUAGAACAGGUACAUUUAUAUGCACAGAUAUAAGCCUACAUAGACUUGUGCACAUAAACACAAUAAAUAUACGUGAAACAGUGCGUAAAAUACGCUCCCAGCGAGCAUUUAGCAUACAAAUGCCGGAUCAGUACGUUUUCUGUCACCUGGCUAUCAUUGGUUUCGCCAUCAAGCAUGAAAUGCUGCCAGACACAGACUGGGUCUCAAUAAAUGGUAGUGAAAGUGAUUGAUCUGAAUGAAAGAAACAGUGAACCAUUCUGGAAAAGAAAAAAAUGGUGGAGACUGUAACAACAGAAAACAGCUGAAUGGGAAUGAAAUCUUUCUGUGUGUUUGUGGUGUUAAAUUAAAUCAUUAAUAACUUAUGUCAAAUGAAAUACAUGACAAAACAUAAAGACUUUAAUCAUUUUUUUUUUAAAUUAAUCAUUUUAACAGAUUUUUUUAUGUUAAAUCUAUAGGGCUAAAAUAAGAAUGUCUGUGUUAUGUAUUUCUAUUUAUAUGAUAUCAUGCAUUAAUUCUAUAGAUAGUAAAGCACUACUAGUAUAAUUGUCAUGUAUAAAGUUAGCAUCUGUAAACAAUUUUGAUAAGCAUUGAAUGUUUAAUAUCACUUAUUUAUUCCCCAACAUUUGUUUUUAAAGCAGCAUGUUUCCAGAUGAGCCAAAAUAUUGCAAUAAAAUCAAGCCUGAGAGAGGUGAACACAGGUUUUUGGAAAAGUAAAAAGAUCCAAGAAUUAAGUAAUAAUUUACAUGUUAUGUGCAAUAAAUGAUAUUUCUGUAUUUAAAACCACAGUCCUACUGUGUUACUAAUGCAAUAAAGGCUAUUUUUAAAUAUUUUGACCUCAUUUUGAUAAUUUACAUGAGUUGUGAAUGCUGUUUGUAAUGUGUAAAUUUGCAACCUUUGCUUACUUAACAAUAUUUUAUUUUAAAUACAUUUUUCAAAUUUUUCAUGAAAACUAGCAUGAAUCUGGAGGCAUGCUGCUUUAAACACAUUUUUUCAUGAAUUUAGUAAUAAUGAUUAUAUACAUUGUCAAAUCAGUAUGUAGAUAACUCAUGUACAUGUUCACUCACAAAUUGUCACUAAAGUUAUAAUUGAAAUACAGUCGAGACUGCCUUAGCGACCCCCUGAUUUAAACGACUCCCUGUCUUAUCCGACCUUGUUUCAGUACUCCCAACGUAUUUUCCUAUAUAAAUGGUCUGAAUUAAACGACUCCCUGUCAUAUGUGACAAGCGACCCUAAUUGUCUGGUCCCAAUGCAAUGUUUUGUCUGAUUUAAACGACUUUCACACCUUUUAAUUGUCCGUUAAACAGAUAAAUAAUACAUAUUUUAACACCCAGAGGGCCAAAAUAAUUAAGUCCAAUUAUAAUCCAGUAGCAAACAAAGUCUACACACCUCUGUCUCAAUUACACAGUUAACAUGUAUACAGGUAUCGAGUGACGUCACUAAGCGUCUGUUCUGCAGUCGAUGUGUGUGUAAUGUGACCUCAGUAAACUGGAUUAAGCUUGUGUCAGAUUUUUUUUUAAUUAUAGAGUGCCAACGGAAGAUAUUUUAGGCAGCAUUUUUUUUAAUUUACCUUUCUAUUGCUGCAUAAUUAAUACUGAAAAAAUAUUGAUACCAAACCAGAAAAAGAUUUGGAUAUGGAUAGAGUAUGUUUAACUUUUACAAGUAUGGAUUUGAAUGCAUCAAAUUCCAGUUAAUUUAUACCAUAAAGAUUCAAUUUAAAUCUUAUUACAAAAAAUAAAAUUAAAUUUUAUGUGAUAUACAUGCUAAUAUUUAUUUGUUUUACAUAGAUUCUUAUUUUAUUUACAUAAAAAAUUUACGAAUACCCAUGUUUAUUUGCAAUUGGUUAGAUAUUAUUCCUUCACACAGUUAUGUAUGUUAAGUCACAAUGGUAUAUAGACAGAUAGAUGGUAUUUAAAUUUAAUUUUCUUUGAGACUUCUUUGAGACUGUAUUAAGAGACUCCCUGUCAUAUGUGACCUUUUUCUGAAGAUCCCUUGGAAAGUCGCAUAUGACAGUCUUGACUGUAGUUAAUUUAGCCGCGUCAUGACAAAACCAACAUAAUGGGUUUCCGGCCAGCACAGUCCGAUCUGGAUCCAUGCUGUUCGCUUACAAACCCUAUUACAAGUAGAGAAACUGAUAGCGAACAGCAUGGAUCCUGAUCAGACUGUGCGAAGGCGCAGGCUGGUCUGGAUCCAUGCUGGUCGCAAACCCAUUAUGUUGGUUUUGUGGUGACGUGGCUCAAAUA